AACAACAUAAAGAACUCCUUCAUGCCCACCAACCCUCUCACUUUUUCUUUGUUGUUAUUGAUUGAUUUUCACCAAGCAAAAUGACAGUGGCAGGAGUGGAAAAUGAGCAGUCAAACUGCCAAACUCUGAGAAUUAUUACACUCUCUAACUCAAAAACCAUCAUGGUCUCUUGUCAUGUGUUCUUCCUCCACUUGAUCAUGCUCAUCAUUGUAUUUUGCAGUCUUGGGAUACAUUCAGAAGCUUCUAGUAAUGAGUUCAUACAUUCAUCUCAUGGAGAUAAAAACCAUUCAAGCUGCAGAACACUUUUGCUACAUGGCACUUGCACAAACAGAGAUAUAAGCAUCUCACAAAGCAGAGAUUCCACAUCUGGAAUCCCACAGUACAUAGUCCAGAUUGUCAACACCUGUGUUUCUGGAUGUGCUCCUUCAGAUAUUCAUCUCCACUGUGGUUGGUUUGCCUCUGCAAGAAUAAUAAACCCAAGAACCUUCAAGAGGCUCUCCUAUGAUGAUUGCUUGGUUAAUGGUGGAAAGCCUUUGAAGACUAGCCAAGUCAUCAGAUUUACUUACUCAAACUCCUUCAUGUACCCACUUGCAUUCAAGUCUGCCAAGUUCUGCUGAACCCCAAAACUAGUCCAAAUGGGGCAUGAAAUAAUAGAACCAAUUGCACCAUGCAUGAUUGAAAAAAAAAAUCCAAAAAAAAAUCAUGAACCCUACCAUUGUAACAGCCUUUUCACAACCUAGCGUUAACCCUUUUUAGAACUCUACAAAUCCUUGUUGGGUUCCUUUUCAAUAAUAUCUUAUUUUGAUAAUCGUUGCUGUCGAAAGUGUUCUAGCUAGCAUCCCCAUAAUAUACCUUGAAAGUUCCAUUACUUGGAAUUUAGUCUUCCCUAGUCAAAAGCUACUGUUUAUGUACCUGCAUGGCAAACAGGUCUGAAACUUGGUGCUUCAUUUGUGGUCCGUGUGCUAUCAGUGCUGUCUCUCUCUCUCACUUUUGUUUCCUUUUGUCACAGAAAGAGAGAUAGAAGUAUGUCUUUUCUAUUUUAUUUUUCUUCUAGAGCUGAAAAUGGGGGGCCUCUUUGCUAGAUAGGAUGAUUGGAGCAAUAGAAAGUGUGUCAGCAGUGCCUGGUUUGUGUGGAAGAAUUCACAAAAUAUUGAAUUAAAGCUGCGGCAUUGAACUUUA